CUUUACACAUCACUAACUCGUCAGUUUUUCAUUUGUGCAAAAGAAAAUAGUUGACUGACUUGAUAUUUUGCUGCUGAGUUGUUACAAAAAAUCAUCAAUAAAUAGAGAUACGUGCUCGUGUUGUGUUGAAAUAAAACUGUGUUUUAAUAAGAACAGUGUUUAGAUAAUGGAAGAUAAAUUGAUGUUAGAAGAUGUGGCUAGCUCCUUGAGAGAACGGGUGUUUUUCUCCGCCAGGGAUGGAAUGUCUUUAACCCUUUACGCUUUAUUAUACGAAAAAAACACAGAUGAAAUUGAUGACCUAUUGAACAGCGAUGUAUGCUGCGAUGGAGUUAAAUGUACGCCUCUGAUAGCAGCGGCUAGACAUGGCCGGGAAGGCGCUGUCAGAAUUCUACUGGAGAAGUUCAGGCCGCCAGUCAGACUCGAGACGGAAGGCACCGUCAAGUUUGACGAAUAUGUUAUUGAAGGUGCAACAGCGCUUUGGUGUGCGGCCGGGGCCGGUCACCUAGGCAUUGUGAAACGUUUGGUCCGCGCCGGGGCUAACGUGAACCACGCCACGAAAACUCUGAGCACCCCCCUCAGGGCGGCCUGCUUCGACGGCAGAUUAGACAUAGUCAAAUAUCUAGUCAGGCAUGGUGCAGACAUACAUAAAGCGAACAAGUAUAACAAUACUUGUCUCAUGAUUGCAGCUUAUAAAGGACAUUUGGAUGUGGUACAGUUUCUAUUGGACAGCGGCGCCCGCGUCGACGAGCGCGCCCUCUGCGGGGCGACGGCGCUGCACUUCGCGGCCGAGUGCGGACACGCCGCCGUCGUCUGCGCGCUCAUAGACCACCAAGCUAAAAUACUCACUAAUGAAAAUGGCAUGACCCCGCUGCAGUGCGCGGCGGAGCGAGCGCGCGCGUCCGUAGUGGAGCUGCUGGCGGCGCGCCCAGAGGUGUCGCGCGCGCAGGCCGUGGAGGCCUACGAGCUGCUAGGAGCGUCCUUCGCCAACGACAAGGAGUACUACUGCCUCAGGAUGGCGUACCAGUACCUGCACAGAGCGAUGGCGAUGCGGUACGACACUCGCUACGGUUUGCUACUGAAGAAGCCGGCCGACCCUAUACCCGCCUAUGAUAACUGGAAAGAGAGUACUACGUUAGAGGAGGUGGAGGGCCUGGCGGGGCGCGCGCACGCGCUGCACAUGGAGGGGCUGGCGGUGCGCGAGCGCGUGCUGGGCGCGCGCUGCCCCGACCUGCCGCACCCCAUCGUGUUCCGCGGCGCCGUGUUCGCCGACGAGGCGCGCUUCGACCGCUGCCUCGCGCUCUGGAGGCACGCGCUCGCGCUGCGGCAACACAACGAGGUGUCCGUAGUUAAGGACCUGCUGAGAUUUGCUCAAGUGUUCUCACAAAUGAUACAUAUAGGAAUUGAACUGCCUCUUGCUCAGGUUUGCUUCGUGCUAGAGGCUUGCGCUGAGGAGUUGAGGAGAGGGACCAAGAGGCUGGAGAAACCGCAGGCGAACCACGACCCUGAGUCGCUAGUAAGUUUGGUGCGCAUGUUCAUGUUGCAGGACGAGUACGAGAGCAACGUGCGGACCGCACUGUAUCUUGUGGCUGUGGCGGCGCGACUGCUAGAGAACCCUGGUAACUCAGAGGAGACAACGAGUUCAGUUCGCUGCGCCAUCUUCCGACUCCGUAACGUGCGCCUACGCAGCGGACAGACGCUGUUGCACCUCGCGGCCGACAGGCGGACGCCCGUCGACGACUUCCACACCAGUGACGUGUGCCAGUUCCCGUGUCCGCGCACAGGCCGCCUGCUGCUGGAGUGCGGCGCGGCCGUGGACGCGGCGGACGACGCGCGCCGCACGCCGCUGCACGUCGCGCUCAUCUCCUACCAGCUCGUGCCCGACGAGCGCGGUCAGUGGGGCGAGUCCCUCUGCGCCAUGGUGUGCGAGCUGCUGGUCUGCGGCGCGCACGUCGACGCUAUGGACGCCGACGGGAUUACCCCGCUUGUGGCCUCCAUCGGUGGCCCCGCGGAGAGCGUGGUCCGCGCGGCGCUGCGGCCGCGGCUGGCGUGCCUGGCGGCGGCCGCGCUGGCCCGCGCCGGCGCGCGCUACCCGCGCCAGCUCGUGCCGCGCGACCUGCACGCCUUCCUGCACAUGCACGGCGUGCCCGCCGCGCGCUAGGACACGCACGUACACACUAACACACUCACACGCUCUUCUCCUUAAGGUCCAAACAGAUUAUUCUCAGACUUCUUCUUUUAUGCGGUUAAAUUCAAACUGUUUAUCUCCAUGUUACACAAUAUUUAAGUAUUUAACUUUCAAGUGCGUAUUGAUUGAUGCCCUUAAAAGAAUUUUGAAGUUUAAUUGACUGCCGCAGCUGUAACUUUGAGAAUACCCGUGUAAAUGCACUGUUUCUCUUUACAAAUAAACCAUAUUAUUAUUACAAAAUGACCGUUACUAUCUUCGAUAGAACUCAAAAUUAUGUAUUUUCAACACACAAUUGGACCGUUCAUUAUCAUUAAAACCAAAGAAAAAUGUCGCAUUCUAUACCCCAUCUUUCUAACUUUAAACAAUUAUUACACUUGUAAACAUUAUUUAGAUACCUUAAGCUUAGGACUCAGCCAAAAUAUAAGUAUUUGAUAUUAUGAAUAGUUUUAUAUCGUCAAUAGAAUUUACUUCUAUAAAACCAUUUAUAGAGCAAGACAAAUUUUUUAUGCCUGUGACGGGAAUCGGAACUAAAAU